AUGCCUUGUCAUGAUAGGAUCUCCGUCGACAAUGAGGUCAAAUAUGAUAUCAAAAAUGCUUUAACGAAUGAUUUUGAUGAUCGUUGGUGGAAUCUUGGUGAGGUUCCUCAAGAGCAGAAAGACAAGUGGUGGUCUGAUUUUGUGAUGAUGGAGUUGGGUGAGGAGCCAUCAAUCACAGAUUUAGUGCGAAAGACGAUGAAGCUUGAUGGAACUUUUGCUGACAAACGUGCAAAGAUGAUUGUUGAUGAAGUUGAGUCGAUUGUUGUUUCCCAGCAAUUGAACAACACUGAACAUGUUGAGGUUGGAAACCAAGAGACGAACUCACACACACCAAUUACACCACUUAUGCAAGAUGAGGCUUUUUAUUCGAUAGUCAAACCGUAUAAAGGAAGGGUGUUUGGACUUCGAUCUGCUCAGAUGGAGAGUUAUGAUCCCAUUGAUCCACCAUCUCUUGUUCUUCCUCGUCAAGCUCGUUAUGAGCGGGACCUGGAGUUGUCAACAUAA